UGUUAUAAUGUUUAUAACUGCGAACGUUCAGACCAUCCGUUAAAUUUAAUGUCAAAUAAUUUAAAUCGUUAUAUUACUUGUCAAAUUACUUUUCUCGAUAACACGCAACAUUCAUUUCAAAUUGAGCGACAUUCAAAAGGUCAGAUAUUGUUGGAUAAAGUUUUUGACUAUCUUGAACUUGUCGAAAAGGAUUAUUUUGGAUUACAGUUUACGUCUUUCGUUGAGACAAAUCAGAUUGAUGCUGGAAUUAGGGUAGAGGACUUUGAAGACACUCUAAGAAGUUCAAAGUGUUCUACAAUGAAUUUUCAGAAGUGGCUUGAUCCAACAAAGUCAGUGCGAAAACAAAUGCUAUGUCCACCAUUCAACUUAUUUUUUCGCGUAAAAUUUUACGUAAGUGAUCCUGUGAAGCUGGUUGAAGAAUAUACAAGAUACCAUAUAUUUCUUCAAAUCAAAAAAGAUUUAUAUGAAGGACGACUUGUUUGUCCGGAAAAUAUAUGUACUAUAUUGGCAAGUUAUGCUGUCCAGUCUGAAUUUGGUGAUUAUUGUCCAGAAGAACAUGGUGACCAUUACCUAAAUGAUUUCAAGUUUAUUCCAAAUCAAGAUAACAAUUUUUUGUCAAAAGUUGUGGAUCUACAUAAAAUAAGAAAAGGACAAACACCUGCGCAAGCUGAAUUUAAUUUUCUUGAAGUCGCAAAGACCACUGAACUGUAUGGUAUUGAGUUAUUUAAUGCUAAGGAUGAAGAUGGAAAUUCAGUGAAUAUCGGUUGCUGCAAUCGAGGAAUCAUAAUAUUCCGGUCUAAUCAGCAGCAGAAUAUUUUUCAGUGGACAACAAUCAUGAAAUUGGCUUUUAAAAAAAAACUAUUUAGUGUUUACAUGAAAGACGAAAAAAGUGACGACGAAAUUGUUCGGGUAUUCAAUAUGCAAAAUCCUGAGGUCUGCAAGGUUUUAUGGAAAAAUUGCAUUGAACAUCAUACUUUUUUUCGUCUUGUUGCACCACCGGCUUUACCCCAAAAAUCUUUUUUUAAUAUUGGAAGUCGUUAUCGCUACAGUGGCAAAACUGAAUUUCAAAGCAUAGAGGAGAUGAAAAGAAGAGCACGAGUUGAAAGAAGUUUUCAAAGGUUUUCAAAGAAUCCUUCUCGAUUAACAGCAACAAACAAUGGAAAUGGACAGUAUACGCAGCCAGCUGUCACUGAUAAUUCAUCAAAUGUUCAUUCCAUUUCUUCUAGUUAUAAUACAACUAAACAACAAAACACACUAUUGCUUUUAUCAUUAGAAGCACCGAAUAAAAUGGAUAUGGAAACUAUUUCGCCGAAGUCAAAACGAGAUCUGAUUCCUAUAUUAGUCGAAAAACAAUCUUCAAGGAAAGAGGUGACAUCAGUUGAUACUGUUCUGAGGUGA